AUGUUUGAUUCUAAUUGGCUUAGGAAGAUGUUAUACACAACAUUUAGAAUCAACCCUAAUAUGAAACGGACUGUUAUAUAUGAAAAAACGCAUGAGAAAUGGAAUGUUGGUAUGAAUAGGAUGAAAGCUUACAGGGCACGGAAGACAACACUGAGUAUUGUUGAAUGGUCAUUCAAUGAGCAAUAUCGUAGAUUGUAUGACUAUGCCUAUGAGCUAUUGAGGUCAUAUCCAAAUAACACUAUCAAGUUAAAUGUCCAAGCAACUGAACAACAACCUGAAGAAUAUGUUAGUAGACCAUUGCUACCAAGUUUUCAUAGAAUGUAUAUGAGCCUCGAUGCUUGCAAGAGGAGUUUUGCAGUUUGCAGACCAAUAAUUGGAGUUGAUGGAUGUUUUCUCAAAUAA